UUCCGUUACUUUUUGCCUCAUCUCUCAGAGUGAAUCAAAGGAAACCUCAGUCUUUGGAAAGACUUCUUCUUUUAAGUUAACUAUUUUAUAUUGGGAACUUUCUAAACUCACUAAAUAUUUCUGAGUAUAUUCUCUGUAUCCAUAGGAUACAGGAAAUAUAUUUUGCGGAAAAAUAUAAGAGGACCCUGGUUCUCUCAGCCACUAGACAACAAAGACAUUAACACACAAUGGUGGCAGAAGAACCUCAGAGUAAACGUAUGUUCUUUCUUUUCAUUUUCAAAAAAGCAGAUGGAUUUAUGACUAUGAUUUAAAAACAGAACUGAUGGUAGUUGUAAAGAUUGGAGAUGAUGAGAUGGAAGGAAAUGAGGCUGACUUCAGAGAGGAGGGAGGCAACAGGUAGAUUCAAAUGUGAAGGAUACCAGCAUCCCAAGCUAAUUCCUUCAACCAUUGCUGUUGUUUUCAUCUUACUUCUCAGUGCCUGUUUUAUUGCAAGUUGUUUGGUGACUCAUCACAAAUUUCUACGCUGUAAAAGAGGCACCAGAGUGUUCAAGUUACCAGAGUACCACAGCAUGCUGACGUGCAUCAGAGAGAAAUCAAAAAUGAAAGGGAGCACCUGGAAUUGCUGUCCUGUUGACUGGAGAGCCUUCCAGUCCAACUGCUAUAUUAUUCUUAAUGACAACAAGACCUGGGCUGAGAGUGUAAGAAACUGUACAGGGAUGGGGGCCAACCUAGUCACCAUCAGCACAGAGGCUGAGCAGAACUUUAUUAUUCAGUUUUUGAAUACCCAAUUUUCCUAUUUCCUGGGACUUACAAAUCAGAACAGUGAAGGGCAGUGGCAGUGGUUGGACAGGACGCCAUUUAACCCAGACAUGGUAUUCUGGCAUAAAGGUGAACCCAACAACCAUCAGGAAGAACGCUGUGCUGUCAUUGUUAAUGAAAAAGAUAAAUGGGGCUGGAAUAAUAUUCCUUGUCAGUUUGAGACAAAUAGGAUUUGUAAGAAACCUGCAACGGCAUUCAACUAGAAACCUCUGAAGUGGUCCUUGUGAUGGGGACAGAAAAGAAGAACCCAUUAGACUAGGGCAAGAUGUGCAUGUGUCAGUCACCAGAAUAGAAAACGCAUGCUGGGUCAUAAAACAUUUUUGGUCAUGAUAGCCUUAUUUAUCUCUGUUCAAUUCACUCAGAUCCCUGUGGUUUUGUGUGGCAUUUCAGUGGAAGGAAUCAUCUUUUCUGUGGGAACCAGUUUUCAUUACCUUUACAUUCUUGAUAGAAUUUCAAGGUAUUUACUUCUCAAUUGGCAUGCAUUGAUUACAUAUCAAGAUAAAGACUUAAAUAAUACAAUGUCUUUGUCAUUCUUUUCCUGCACAGAUUUUUAGCUCGUUAAAAUUAAAAGGCAAGAUAUUCUGACACCAUUUUAAACCCAAAUAUCACCAGCCUUUUAAAGUUUUUUUUAAGCAAAAUUGUUAUGGUUUGAUGCUCUGUUUUCUGCUUAAAUAAUAUCAGUCAUUAGUAAUACUGGCAUUCUGUGGGAAAAUUUUUCCAGAAUAAUACUGUAGAAUACUUCUGAAUUAUGGUAUUGCACAGGUGGAAAAUAAAACAAGUCCAUCUAUGUUAUAAAAAGUCCAUUUCUUCACCCUAAAUGUCUUCUCAGAGCCACACAGGCUACCUUAACCAAACUCCUUCAUUUCUAUAGCAGAGGAAACAAAACCCUAGAGAAGCCAAGGGUUCAACUUCACAUUGCCAGUUUAUGACAGAACUAGGACUAUGACACAGAUCUACCCUUCCAUCAGGGUGAAAUGCAUUCCCUUUGGUAUUACAGGAAAUUAACUGAGAUGACUUAACCUCUUUACCCUGCUAACAGGUAAAAUUUCUUAAUCAUUUGAAGUAGCAUCAUAUUAGUGUUGUCUUUUUAAUUUGAAUCAUAUUUAAAACCAUUUAUGUAAAUUAUUACCAUUUUUUUUUUUAGAGCUAUAAAGCUGUAGCUCAAA